AUGGCAGCCAUAUCAAAUGGUAUUGCAGAGUUUAACCCUGGAACCUUCAUUCCAGUGACAGCCAUCUUCCUCAUUUUUUACCUGUACGCAGCACCUGGCGUGCGCAUGGGCGCCCUUAGCAAGCUGAGGGGUAUUCACGUUGCGACACACGACUCCAUCGGGGAAGGGCAAAACGGACCAACACAUCAGCCUGUGGAGGUCGACUCGCUGUUUCGUGCCAUGCCCAACUUGCUUUCUAUUCGUCCGGCCGAUGAAGCGGAGGUAACAGGCGCCUGGAUGUGCGCUCUGGAUAAUGAAGACAAGAAAGUUCGCAGCAUUAUUUCUCUUGCUUGA